AUGAUUAGAUUGAUAUUUUUGUUUAUCAUCGAUUUCUUUAUUGGUGUUAUUAUUAUUAAUGUUUUUUUUUUUGAAUAUGUAAAAUGCCAGGGAAAGUUUGUUAAUACUAAGAAAGAGUUCCCAAAAAUAAGAAAUAUAAGUAAUACUUUUAAACAGAUUAAGUUCUUUGCUCCUUCCAAAAAAAAAAAAAGGAAUUACAUGUUUUUAUCAAAACAUAACUUUAGAAAGAACAAUGAUAAUGGUAUCUCUUCGUCAAACAAAAAAAAAAACUUUCUUUUAAAAUAUCAAACCAGAAAUAAUGUUAUGUAUCGAAUUAUAUGUAAUCACAAUUUAUUAAUUCUUAACAACACCUCUUUUUUGAAGCCUACAAAAUUAACCAUUUAUAAUCAUGAUGCUCCUAAAAAUGACAUCUCAGCAAAUGAUCCAGAAAAAGCUAGAAGAAAAAGUAAAGCAUUACCAACAAACAAUUUGAAUGAUAAAAAAGAAGAAAACAUACUACCAAUCGACAAAGCAAACGAUCAAAAUGAUAAUGUAACCUUACCAGUUAAUAAUUUGAACGAACAUGAAACUAAUAAUUUGUCUUUAAAAAAAAAUGAAGAAACUAAGAAUAAGAAUAUUUCUGAAAAUAAUGAUACAUGGAAAAAGUAUUUAGAAGAUAAAAGAAAGAAGGAAAUAUUAAAGGAUCUGGAAAACAAAAGGAACAAGAAUAAUAAUAUUAAGAAGAAGAAGAAUUAUAAUAAUGAAUAUAUGAAAAAUAUAAAAGAAUAUACACAUAAUAAUAAUAGUAAUACAUGUGAAAUAAUUCAAAAAGACGAAUUAAAUGGAAACGAUGAAAUUAUUAAGGAUCAAAGUAAUUAUUCCAAUGACCAUAAUAAUGAUUAUUAUGAUGAUGAUAAUGAUUAUUAUGAAGAUGAUGGUGAUGAUGAUGAUUAUGAUGAUGAUGAUGAUGACAACAAUAACGAUAACGAUUUUAUUGAUGAAUAUAGCGACUUAGAAAAACAAGAGAGACAAUAUGAUAAUUUACAAAAUGGAAAAUUUUCAUAUUUUAAUAAUAUAAAUGAUACAAAUAAAAAUUUAAAAAAUCACAAAACGUAUAAUGAAGAAAAAAGAAAUAAUAAUAAUUCUUCAUCAUUAAACGAUAGUAUAAAUAAUAUUUUUAGUUCAAACAAAAAAAAUGAUCUACCUUUAUUCUUCUCAUUAAAUAAUAAAUCCUUCGAAAAUAGUAACAAUAAAUAUUUUGAUAAAAUCUGUAGUAUAUCUCCAAAUGAAUUAAUAAAUAGAUUUUUUGAAAAUACUUCAGAAAGAGUAAAAGAAGCUGUGAAAAAUAUUAUAUUUAAUAUUAUAGGAAAUAUACAAAAAUAUACAAUUGAAACAUCUAUAUUAAUUACUUAUGAAAAAAUAUAUAAUUUCUUAUUACAAAUUAUAUUAACAGGGUAUAUGAUAAAAAAUGCGGACUAUAGAUUAACUUUAAAUGAGUCCUUAUAUGAUCAAAAUAAUAUCUUGAAUAAAAAAGAUUAUGAUCAACAACAAGAUGAACAAGAAAAUGUAAAUAAAGAAAAACAACAGAACAAUGAAUAUCAAGAAGACGAUUUAUUUAAUUUAAAAAAAUCUUUUCAUGCCUUAUUUUCGGAUAAUAAUAGAAAUAAUAUGUCAGAAGAACAAUUGAAUAAGGGCGAAAUGUUAAAUUCAAAACAUAUAAUUGAUCCAAACGAGACUAAUAAUACUAAUAAUACUAAUAAUAAUAAUAAUAAUAAUAUAGAUAAUUAUAAGACAAAUGGGGAAUCAAAUGAUAUAACAAACGAUACAACAAGUGAUGAUUACCCUAUUAUUAAUACGAAAAAUUAUAUCCUUUUUUUAAGGAAAAAAAUUAACUCUUUAGAAAAACAACUCAAUAUAUUAAAAGAAAGUAAAACAUUUUUAAAUGAUGACUUACUUUCUUACAUAAAAUCAUUAACAGAAAUACAACUACGUUCUUUAACAGAUAACAUUGGACCACUUGUAUUAGAUUCUACCAAGAAAAUUGUCGAACUAGUAAUUCAAGGUAUGACUCUAAAUAUAAAUAAAAAUAUGUCCAAUGAACUUAUAUAUGUAAGUGGUUCAGUUCUAACAUAUAUAUGUUUCUGGCAAUUAAUUAUUGGAUAUACACUCAGAGAAAUGGAAAUAAGAGACGAGCUUUCAGAUUAUCUUAAGGGAAGUUGA